AUGGAGGAACUGAGAGCCCGGGGGAAGAAAAGAGAUGGUCGGCAUAAAGACACAUGGGACCCCUUCCAGCUGAAUCCUAUAGGGGCUGAGAAAGAAGAGAAGAGGCAAUGUUUCGCUCUUUUACAGCAUAUGGUAGCCCUGAUUGUGGGACUCUUUGUCCUGGUAUGUGCUGUCAUCAGCAAGGGUUCCCUGCUGGUGCUCAGUAUGCUCUCCAGUCCAGCUUCAAUACAGAAGGACAAUCAUCAGUUUUACAUCCUAAUGAUGGUCAUGUGUUUGGUUGUGCCAAACAUACUCAUGUUCCUGAAGUCACUAUGGAAAUGUGCUUUCAAAAGCUUUGUAACUCCAAACAUGAGGACAAUGGGAAUUAUGUGUCUGUUUGAGGCACUGGUGUCCCUGGGGACAUCUAUCCUGGUGCUGGUUGUGAUGCCACAGUUUGAUGUCCUUACGAACCUAUUUAACACUGGUGGAGUGUGCCUUCUGUCAGCCUUCCUACAGAUCUUGUUUCGCUUGCAAAAAGAAAGUUGGAAAAUCAUAUUUCCAAUUUGUUCAUUGUUUCUCGUUCUGACAGGCUACAUCCUUUUAGCACUUGACUAUUAUGUACGUGUCAGGACUUAUGUUGACAACCAGCAGUCAAAUUGUUACGUGUAUGUGGGAAUUGCACUUUUUGCAUCUCUACUGGUUUCCCUGAACUGGUGGGAAAACCCUUUUCAGGCCAGCAACAAUAUUCAAGAGCUGUUGACGGAGCUAGAUGGGUUUAGGGACUUUGUGUUUCUCAUCUCCAGUCUUCUCAGAAUAGCGGUUAUAGGAGCAGUCUACGCCAUUCACGCUCACUUUAUUGAGGGUUGUGACUGGUCAUACUUCUCUCGUGUCCCCCCGGAUGCGUUAAACAUUGGCAUCGGGAUAUUUUUUCUCCAAGCAUUCUCGUCUGCCUUAUGCCACUGGUUUGGGGUUGUGGCCUGUAAGAUCCACGCCGUCCAGUUUAGCUUCGCCCUCCCCCUCUCUGCAACUGGACCAACAGUGCUCAUUUUGGGCAUGGUGCUUUUUCUGACACAGGCUACAGAACUCCAGGGUUCUUCAGGUAAUUUCACGACCUUUUGCACAAGUGUCACAAAAAUUCAGCACAUGGACAUGAAUACCACACAGGCAUUACUAGCUGAAAUCUCCAGGAGCAUCUGCAGAACUACACUGAACAGUCACUGGGAUUCCUGGCCCUUUGCCAUGCUGGCUCUAGAGGGGAUUUGCAUGUGGCUGGGGCUAAUGACAGCCACAUACUAUGUAUGGAAGAUUAAGGUCCAGAGGAUCGAGAGGACAUCCCAACUCUUUGUUCGACGACUGUAUGAGUCGGCCUUCAUUGAUCAAUCCAUGCUGCUCAACACCAAAAUGAAAGUUGUACGAGGAAGGAACCAGGAAAGUCAUGAUGAAGUUGAAAGUUGCGUAAUUUACCUUUGCGCAACAAUGUGGCAUGAAACCUAUGAUGAAAUGCUCAAGAUCCUCACGUCAAUGUUUCGAUUGGAUCGAUACAGAGGAGACCCAAAAGAAGAGCAUAAGGAUAACUUUGAGUUUGAAUGUCACAUAUUUGUGGAUGACGCAUUUCGGACAGAGAAAGAAACUGGAAAACAGUUUGUCAACGACUAUGUGAAUGACCUCAUCCAUGUGGUGAUAGAAGUAUACAGGGUAUUUACCAACAAAGAGCCGGAUGAAGUGUCAAUUAUUGAAACACCUUUUGGUGGCAGAUUAAUGUUUGUUAUGCCGGAGGGAAACAUGCUGUAUGUUCAUCUUAAAAAUAAACAACUCAUCCGCAACAAGAAGAGGUGGUCACAGAUAAUGUAUUUGUACUACCUACUUGGUUGGAAAGGCUAUAAUUGCAAAAAUCCACAAAAAAUAACAAGGCAAAACAAUCCAUGCCGUGCAAGCCUCAUAUCACUGGACGGUGAAAGCUACCUUUUGCCCACUCAUGACAACGACAGUAAGAGGAGAUACAUUUCAGAUGACAACACAUACAUCAUGGCAUUGGAUGGGGACACAGAUUUCCAUCCCGCUGCUGUGAUAUUAUUGGUUGAUCGUCUCCGAAUGUAUGACAACGUAGGCGCGGCCUGUGGCAGGAUUCACCCCACAGGAAUGGGGCCGAUGGUAUGGUAUCAGAAAUUUGAGUAUGCUGUGGGUCACUGGCUGCAGAAGACAGCUGAGCAUGUCUUUGGAUCUGUCCUGUGUAGUCCUGGAUGCUUCAGUUUAUUUAGGGGUUCAGCCCUGAUGGAUGACAACGUCCUGAAAAGAUACACAACCACCGCAACCAGAGCAUCGGAGUACGUCCAGUACGAUCAGGGGGAGGACCGCUGGCUGUGCACUCUGCUGCUGCAGCAGGGGUGGAGGGUUGAGUACAACGCCGCCUCAGAUGCCUACACCAAUGCCCCUCAGGAAUUCAAGGAGUUCUACAACCAGAGACGGCGUUGGGGACCCUCUACCCUGGCCAACACACUGGAUCUUCUGCACUCUGGAAAGGAGACUUCCAAGAGGAACACCUCAAUAUCCAUGCUCUACAUUAUCUACCAGAUCUUCACCGUGGGCUCCUCUAUCCUCGGGCCAGCCUCUGUUAGCUUGAUGGUUGCUGGUGCUUUCCAGUUUGUGUUUAAGAUGGAGGGGACCCUGGCCAUCGUCGUUUCCAUCAUUCCUCCCAUUGUUUAUAUGGCAAUAUGCUUCACCUGCAAUGCCAACCUCCAGAUAACAAUCGCAGGGAUCCUGAGUGUGCUCUAUGCCUUCCUUAUGACCGCCUCCUUCUUUUCCAUCAUUGGUGACAUGGUUAUUCAGGGAACCUUCAUCACUCCAACUGGACUCUUCUUGGUGUCCAUGACCAUCCUGUACCUGGUGACAGCAAUACUCCAUCCUCAGGAGUUCAGCUUGAUCAUCUACGGUCUGAUGUACUUCAUCUGCAUUCCGAGCGGCUAUCUCCUGCUGACCAUCUACUCGCUGGUCAACAUGCACAUUGUGUCCUGGGGCACACGAGAGUCCAGUGAGGAAAAAGUGGAUCAUAAGACCGUUGGGCUUCUCUGCGACCGCACCUGCAAGCUGUGCUGCUGGGACGUGAAGUGCCAGGUCACCCAGGAGACGACGAACGCAGCCCUGUUGCAGAUCCAGAACACGAUCAACCCCAAAGCCGUCAACGUCCCGCAGCAGACGCUGCAGGGCACGGCGAAUCCGAGCAGCACGCAGCCUGAACAGCAGGCUGUGGAAAGCACCACACAGAGUGCUCAACAGGAGAGCAGCUCCAAACCCAAAGAUACCUACGAGAAGGAGCUUCCCAGCGAUGAUGAAAUCGACGAAAUCAAAUCAGAAGGAAGCUCGAGUGACGCCAGCAGUCAAAUAAGGGAUGACGAUUAUGACAGCAUGGAAGAUGAUGAUCGAUCUGAGGUUGACAAACCAGAAUCUGAGGUUGUGCCUGAAAGUGACUGGGUGAAUCCUGUUAAAACUGAAUUUCUGAAGAAACUGACCUAUGCCAACAUGAAGAGGAACCUGCAGGAGCAGAUCCGCUAUGCUCUGAGGAAUAAGAACCAGGAGGAAACGUGCGAGGAGCUGGUGUUGAUGCUCACAGACACAGUGAACGGAGAGCUGAAGGACCGGGUGGGGCCGGAGGACGUGCUGACGGACAGCCAGCUGGAGGAACUACAGUACGCGCUCAACGAGACUGCCAGGAGGGUCCUGAAGACCAACCACAUGGAGAGGCUGAAGAGGAGGGUGAAGAGGGCCAUAGAGAAGACUCUGGUUGCUCCUCAGAUUGAGAAACUGACCGAGGAUGAACAUGACUUCUGGAACAAACUCAUAGAAAGGUACCUGAAACCUAUAGUCGACGAAAAAGCACAUAAAGACGAAGUGACAAGGGAACUGAAGUCCCUCAGAAACAAGGCAACCUUUCUGUACUUCAUCGUAAAUGUCCUGUGGGUUGUAGCCACGUUCUUUCUCCAAGCAAUUGGUGACACAAUCAGCAUCAAGUUUCCCAAAUUCUACCCAAAUGGCCAAAAGUCCAAUGAAACUAUGAACGUAGAGCCACUGAGUCUGAUGUUCCUUCUGUCAUUCGCUGUGCUUCUUCUCGUUCAGUUCCUGGCUAUGCUCUACCACAGGAUUUACACACUGAUACAUGUGGUAUCCUAUAGAAGCACAGAAAAAGACUACAGGGCCAAUGAGGAUGAGGAUGAAGACAAAGGCCUAACACUUGAAAACCACAUUGCAAGUGGUCUUGUGAUCACCAGUGAUGACUUAUGA